AUGAAAGAGUUGGACCCAUCAUUGACGCCUGAAUAUCUCGGAGUUGUGAUUGGAGUGGCUCGAAUUGGUCAUGCAAUCACGACAAUCCUCUUCAGUUAUUGGAGACAAAGAGCAAAAACGACAAAACAAGGUCUCCUUUUGGGUCGUCUCGGCGAUGCACUGGCUUUUUCUUUAUAUUGUGCAAUCGAAAUGUUCGGUUCAACGAAACGCUAUGUGUUUCUGAUUGUUUAUUUUAUUGUCUACAGUUUUGGAUUUGGGUCAAGUAUCACACUGCGAACGUAUCUCGUUGACGUUUCUCUGCCCGAGGAUCGAUCUUCCGUUUUCGCGUUGAGAACGCUCGCUGUUGUUGGGGGAAUGCUUUUACCACCAUUGCUUCAAUUGCCAUUCACAAGUCUCGAUUAUCCCGGAAUCGCGAUUGGAACAGAUAUGAUUCGUCUCAACGUUUACUCGGGCCCUUUGUUGAUCACAUUUCUCGCCAAUAUAAUUGCCACUCUCACCGUCAUUUUUCUCCUCUCCGAGCCGGCGAUCACCAAGAAAGCAAUCGAAUUAAAGAAAGCUAAAAGAUUAGAAAAUCUUUCAAGUGUUCCAUUUCUGAAGAGGCUUUCGACUUUCUUCUUCAAACCGAAUUUCUCAUGGCAUCUUAUUAUAGUGAUUUGUGUUGUAAAAGUCGGAAUUUAUGCAGCGCUUUCGACAGUUUCUGUCGUGCACGCUGCUUGGGCACAAAUCGCUUUCGGUUGGUCAUCGGCUGAAACAGUUGUCCAGAUGACAAAGGCGAAGAUCAUUUUGGGAAUCGUUUCCGUGGCAAUCACGCUUUUUCUCUUCAAGUUCAGCAAAAAGGUCGGUGAUCAUUUGGUGCUCUUGAUUUGCUCGAUUUUCAUGCUCGGUUAUUUCUUUAUCACGUAUCCUCUUUCACCGCUCACCGUCUCCACAACUGCGCCAUUUAAUGCUUCCACUCACGGCGGUUGCAACGAAUCCGAAUACAGCUGGUGUGGGGCUCGAGUCGGAAACCCUGAUUUAUGGGUUUAUUCGUCGGUGACCGUGAUUAUAAUCAUUGCUCAAGUUGGAUUGAUUUCCUCGGAUGCAAUCUUUUCGAACUUCUUAGAAAAAAUUGAUCAGAACAUGAUGCAAGGGAUGGUCGUUCUUUUCAGUGACGGUGUCCAAAUGACUGCAUCGAUGUACUCGGCUGAUAUGUUCACUGCUUGGGGCCUUGAGCCAUUAUGGAUUCUCAAUGUCGCUCUCGCAGCUAUCAUUUUGCUCAUCUCAAUCGUUUAUUUCAAAAGAUUCCGAUGGAAAACAGAA